AUGAGCCUUGACGAGUAUGAGAUACUUGAAGUUGAAGGAAGAAAAUAUCGUGUGAGAAGAAAAGUCGAGCAACACGUAUCACAAUCUGUCGAACCACAACAACCCACUCUCACAUUCGACGACGAACCCGCUUGCCAAAUUUCGAUUCCUUUAGAUCUUGCUGGACAAGCUGUGGAAUGCUUCGAAAAGGCACAGUUCACAAACAGAACGACGGACUGCCACGUUUAUCUUUCAAUACCAUCAAGUCUUCACCCACAGAUCAUUGGAAAGUCUGGACAAAACGUCCAACCUAUUAAAGAAGAAUGUCAAUGUAGAAUUUCAUUUGGGAGUGAGGAAGAUAAUGACUUGGUCAGAGUCGAAGGAACCGACGAGAAGUUGGUGAAGGAGGCUUUGAAGAGACUUGAAGCCAUAACUAUCCAAGCAUUCGACAUUGUCAGAAAAACACAUUUCAUAUACCUCCCCUUUAAGUCACACGACUUGUUGAAACAAAUCGAGAACUUCCAGGAAGUCUUAGUAAAAACAGAGAAUUUGAACCCAACAUACCUUCAACGACCAGAAGCUCUUCAUCUGACACUUCAAACGUUGGACAUUGCAACAGAAGACCAACUGAAUGUUGCCAAAAAACUAUUAGACUCGAUGUCAGACAGAAUCUAUGAGAUUCUCAAAUCACAGCCACUCAUCUUCGACUUCUCUGGUAUUGGAAUAUUCGGGACGUCAAAGAACGCACGGGUGAUGUUUGUUAAGGCAAAGCCAAACAACCCCGAAGCAAUGGAUUUGAUUGUCGAAGAGAUUAAAAAGGUCUUUGGGAAGUUGUACAAGUUCCCUGAGGAGUUGAACAUUCACUUAACUAUUUACAACACAAACAAACUCAAAGAUGGACAACAAAUCACUUUUAAUGCCGAAGAAAUAUUGAACAAAUACAGUGGGAAAGGGUUUGGGAAGUAUCGAGCAGAGACCAUCGAGUUGGCUUCGAUGACCAACAAAAUGUUUAAGACGAAAUUCCAACUUUUUAACUCAAUUCCUUUGCCUUAA